ACCAUACAAUCCGUCAUCUGUGAAGGAUCAGGUCUACAUUUCUAUCCCUCUCAAAAACGCACGCAAUCCUGCCCUGAAGACCUGAGCGAGGGCUGGGCACCAUACACAGUCUUAGAUCAGAUGUAACGGAUUACUGGAAUAACUUAACUUUCAGAUUUCAGAUUUCGGAACGGGAAGGUAAAAGGCUAGUUAGCUUAUCGAUAUAGAGACAGAGUGGAAUACUAACUCUACGUCACAAUGGGGGAUUCAGGAAGAUCGAAGUCGCCUUCAUCGGUGGAGAUGUUGAGAAACACCCAGGCAAUGCCGACCGAUCAUCUCUUCUUCGCUCUUUUCGUCACUAUUUUCUGCUGCCUGCCUAUCGGUAUAGUCGCUCUCAUCAAAUCAAUUCAGGUAAAAGACAAAUACAAAGAAGGCGACUACGAAGGCUCACUGGAAGCUUCGAAAUCGACGAAGAACUGGUCGAUAGCGGGCGUCAUCAUCGGAAUCAUCAUGCUCGUCAUCUGCAUCAUAAUGCUCGUAUAUUUCAUCAUCGAAUACAAAGCAAAAAACAAAGCCCCAACUAACCCGGAUGUAGGGGACGGUAGUUAUUUGGACACGCACUCUGUUUCGUCAUCAUGGGGCGAGGUGCAUUUUGGGUAGAAUGCCACUAACAUGAUCGCAACUAUUUUUGAGGAAAACAAUGAACACAAGGGCAAUUUCAAUAUCCUAUUUUGCAUCUACAUCUCAUAGAAAAUCAUGUUCUGGGGGUGUUUCACAAAGAUCCUAAGUUGAACUUAUCUCU